AUGUCGAUAACAAACAAAGUAGCAGACAAGGAAAUGUUAAAGGUUAAUAAUAAUACGAGUAACCUCUCAAACACGACUAUUGAAUCGAAAUUCGACGAGAUAAAAAUCGGAAUCGUUAAUAAAAUCGAUAAAGAACUAAUCGAUUCUCAAAACGCUAGAUUGUUUAUCAUUCAAAAGUACGAUGAGCUUUGUAACAAGAUUAAUUUUUUGACCGAACUCGACUCAACGUUCAACGGAUUCAGGAGAGACGUGAAAUCCAUCGAGCAACAAGUUUGCGAGCUCUCUCAGCGCGUCGACAGCAUAGAGAAGAGGAUUAUCUGUAAAGAGUGCCCAUCUUUGACGUCAGCUGCUUUUUAA